CAAAAACAGGCCAGGACUGCACUGCAUUGCUUUGCUCUGCCUUGUCUGUCUGCUGCUCGCGAACUUGAGCCGGUUCUUCAUCUCGACGCCGCCGCGAAUCACGAACCGUCGCUCGGCCGCGCCAAGCACACAACGCGCCUGUGCGCUCUUGUUUUCCACGCAACGACUGUUGUUCUCUCGACGCCUGCGAAAACUCUAACUGGGAGACGUGCGCGCAUCGCCCGCAAGAGACCCUUUAUCACCGAGUCAGCUCUCAUCGUACCCAGCCCAAAAACGCCAGUCGCAGUCGUCACAUCCGAAAGCCCGCUUUCAUAAACUAUUUGCAAUCCUUUGCUGCAACUGCAACUGCCACUGCCACUGCCAUUGCACUGCACUGCACUGCACUUGCGCGCCAUCCUGGAUCACAUCGUGAGCUUCGCCAUUGCAAACUGUCUCUGACAGCCCACUUUUGCUCCCACGCCUCCCCCUGCAGGCUUGUGAAAUCCAUCCAUCACGCUUUGCCUUUUCCUCGCAAGAGUCCCGCUCCGGCAACUAGCAGUGAUCGUCAACACCGGCGCCAUUACAUCACCGUGUUGCUUGACCCAGCCAUAUCGGUCGCCGGGUCGCAGCACUAUUUCCAGGGCACCUGCCAGUAUACGCCUGCUACAAAGUGCGCUAUCGCCCUUUGAUCUAGCACGCGUCUCUGCCACCACCCACUGCGCCAGCCUUUCCCCCUUCGUCUAGACCACAUCUCGUCGAAAUCUGCGCGCCGGAAAUUCGGUUCGGCCAAAACCUACAAGGCUUCGAGACACCAGGGCACCACCUCGCUCACUCUCGCUCGCGCCUGUUUUGUGUCUUGGAUCGGUAUCACGCCAGAAGACGCCAGUGGAGCUUGCUGGACGGCCGCCAUCUGCACAACAUCCGCGCUCGAGGUACUGAGGACCACGCUAUCAAUCCUGCCAAACACCCAGUGUUCCUCCGGUCUUCAUCUACGGGCACUUGUACUCGACGGCGCGCUGUCAUCGCGCUUUAUUCAGGCCAUUGCGUCGGACCUGCCACCAACCACUACUCUGCCUGCUCUAUGUCCAGAGCCCACGACAAGCCACCUACUACUCAGCCCAGCGAAGCCUCUCUAAGUGCGAUCCUAGCAUCGCACAUACAAGGCCAACUUCGAGAUCAUCCCCAGUCAAUGGAUGGUAGACAGUCCGAGUACCCGCAGUCAGGUUUGAGCUCACCAUACGCGCCCUACAACGGCCACCAGUCUGAAGGCUCCUCUGCAGAUCAAGCAUCUGCUGUGCAAUACCAGCCCAGCCAAGACUACAAGCCUUCGACCUACUCCACCUCUGCCACCCCAGAGUCGAGCUACGGUCUUCCUCAAUCUGCGCGUUCAGGCAGCUUUCCAGAGUACAUUCAGCGUUCCUACGCCGAAGGCCAACCGCAGAACCGUUACGCCGCCGCCGCAGCAGCAGCAGCAGGAGGCACGACGAGCAACAUGGCUCAAACGUCAAGUCCGUCUUCUUCGCCCGACGGGCACCACAUCAACAAUCACGCGCAUAGCACCAAGUCUGACGCAGAAGUUCCCAUAGAUCCCUCCAUCGCCCAAUCGAGUCCCAGCUAUCCUCCCCCGCAGAGCUACUCGCCCUAUCCCCCACAAGACCAGCAGCAGCACAUGCCACAAUACGGGAGUCAACAGAUGGCUUCGUACGGGCGUCCCGAGUGGGCAGGGCACUACCAGCAACAGGCCAUGUACGGCCACUCGCCAGCGACCACUGGAGGCGCUGCGCCCAAUAUGGGCGGCCAUCCUUUGUCGACGGUGUACUCGUUCGUCCCUAUUCCGGGCGCGCAACAGCACAAACGACCCCGACGCCGAUACGAAGAGAUUGAACGCAUGUACAAGUGCGGGUGGAAUGGGUGUGAGAAGGCGUAUGGCACUCUCAACCAUUUGAACGCGCACGUCACCAUGCAGUCCCACGGGACGAAGAGAACUCCAGAAGAGUUCAAAGAGAUUCGCAAAGAGUGGAAGGCGAAGAAGAAGGAAGAGGAGAACUCUCGCAAGGCGGAAGAGGAGCGACAACGUCAGGAAGCUGCUCGAAAUGGCCAUGACUCGUCGCAAGGUCAAGGUCAGGCCGGGUAUGGACAACCGCACAUGAUGCAGCCUCAGAUGGGCGGUCCUCAGCUACCACCGAUUGGAUACCAACCCGCUGCGAGUGGUCAACAAUCCGCUCAAUACGCUCAACCUCAACAAGUCGACGGCGCGCCCCAGUACGCGAGCAGUGGUCAGAUGUACGGCGCGCAAGGCUACCCUCAGAGUCCCUACGGCCAAGGCGGUCUACAGGCGUAUCAGCAGCGUGCAUAGAGAGCACACACUGUCGACGGCCCCCAGCACGUGAGCAACGGCCCAGUAGUCGACGCACCAGGCAGAUGUCCGAGUGCCCAUGGUCCAGACGGCCUGCAAGCGUACGUGCAUCACCUGCUGCAUGCUGGGGAAGCAAGCACAGUGGGCGCCCCACUGGGUGCCAGCGAAAGCCCUGUGGCAUCUAUCAGCUAGAAGGCCGACUGAGAGUUCCCAAUCUGGGUUGUAGGCUUCCUGAGCCUUCUGGACUGGCGCUUUGGGAGAAGGUAGUGUGUCGAGGACUCGGAAAUCGACAGACAUGAUGCGUUUCACAACAUAAUGAUACCAAGAGGGCGGAGGAGUAUGAAGUAGUAUUUGCGUUUGCAUUAUGUUUUUUUAUCCAAAAAGCCCUCCUACGCCACAUGGACGAGCGACUCGGGGUCUUUCCGGCGAAUGGUCUUAGCAGCGGGGCAAUUCGUUCGCAAAGCGGGCGUGCAAGGGACGAUGACUUGAAUCCUCAUGACGGCCGAGGACAUCACACGAAGUUUUGGGGGGGAUGGCGUCGGCAGAAGGCUCACGACCUGAAGGAGGUCCUUUUUGGUCAUUGCGUGGCGCACUCGGGGGCAUUUGGGAGCAGCAGCAGCAGCAGCAUCAUUGAACUUAGCGCUUCUUCAUUCAGCAUCUGCAUGGGUGGUUGCAGGCAAUACGGGCGAGAUCAGAGGACGAAAGAGAAAAAGAGAGAGAGAGAGACUGUGUGUGCGAGAGAGGAGGAGCAUCUUAGGCAAAGGAGCAGGUAACGAGUGACUUUUGCUUGCAUGUAUUUGUAAAUACACAGACACACUGCCCAGGGCACACACAGCUCGAGAUUCUAGCAGUCAGUGCGUGACGUUGAGGCAGCAGCCCCCUCCCCCCCCAAAGUCUUUUAUACUUUUUAUACGCGCCUUGUGGUUCCAUGUUCUCUCGUCUACUUUUCAACCUUGCCCGUAUGUGUCUGUGUCUACCAUGCCAUGCUGCGCUCUCGUGCGUAGUGGUGGGCACACAGACAUACCUACACACAGACACAGACAUAUACAGGCACAAACCCAGUAAUUUCGGUCUCCGGACUUGGACACUUCUAAUAAGAAUGAUAGUAAUACCUCUAACAACCCCGGGGAAUAGAUGCGAAAUGGAAUGGAAUGGGUAGUGGUAGUGGUAGUGGUAGGUAGUGGGUGGGUGGAGUCAACUUGCUUCCCUCUUGAGGAAGGGCUACAGUACCUGCCGCCUACGCGGGCGCGCGCGUGUGUGCGUGCGUGUGCGUGUGAGUGUGUGAGUAGAGGCACCCGACUUCACUCUCUAA